AACGAAGAAAUCGUAUAAAAUAAUUUAUCUCCUCAUUCAAUAAAGAAUAGGGCUACGGAUCGUCUUGCUACGGCACUGUCUUAUUCACGGCGUCCUAACAAUUUCUUCAAGCUCAUUCCAGUUGUUGAAUAGGUGCAGGUACGGGUACGGUGUUUUCGCUGAUUAAUUUUACUCCGUUAAUACGUUAAUUCUAUAAAAUCAUUAACGUGAUAUUACUCGACAAGAAAGCUUCAUUCAUUAUGUGAGAUUAAUGAAAGAAGUCUUUUAACUGUGGUUUUACAUUCCUUCAGAGAAAAAACUUGAAACUGAUUUGAAGUGUCUCUCUCGGCUGAUCCUCGAUGUCAUAUUAUCAGGAUUAAAGUCCAAGGUAAGCACCGAGGCUUUUUCCUUUCCCACGAUGACCCGUCGUGAGAAACUCGUGAUAACGGAUGUCCGGCGUUAAUGAUAACAGCUAAUAAUCCCGCGAUGAGAUAAACGGGUCUAUUCUAAAAAAAUUAGUUAAGCCGAAGACAGUUUCCUUCAGACGAGAUUCACGAUGUGGCCAAGAUUGAGAAGACCGUUCCGUACGUGGCCGAUCAUUCUUUCGAUCGUCUUACUGACAGGACUAUUUCUGGUUUGGCUGAACAAAAUCCGGGAACCCGAAACUCGCAGUGACUACAAUUCAUUGCGGUUCUUGGAGAAUCAAAAAGAUUACAUAGAUCGUAGAGGGAUACAUGUGGUUGUGGGCCAUUAUAUCGGAGAUUCCGUGGAUCCUCUGAAAACUCCAAACAUUACGAAAGAACUCAUCAACAAGAACAUGUUCAAUCCGCGGCCAUUCGAGGGGAAAAAUGGUAGUCCGGUUCUCGUGCCAGCGAAGGAUUUUUAUAAAAUGCAGCAGCUUUAUCAAAUCAAUCGAUUCAACUUAAUGGCCAGCGACAGAAUACCGUUAAAUCGAUCUCUACCGGAUGUUCGGAGAAAAGGGUGCAUUUCGCGGUACGAGUUUUCAGAUAACUUACCGAGAACGUCGGUAAUUAUAGUUUUCCAUAAUGAAGCUUGGAGCACGCUUCUGAGGACAGUGUACAGUGUCAUCGAUAGAUCUCCGAGACAUUUGUUAGAGGAAAUUAUUCUCGUGGACGAUAACAGCGACAGAGAUUUUUUGAAGGCUCCUCUAGAUGAACAUGUACAGAAUUUACAAGUGCCCACUAAAGUUCUUCGUUCCAGGAAACGUAUAGGUUUAGUGAAUGCGAGACUUAUGGGUGCUAAUGAAGCUACAGGCGAAGUUAUAACAUUCCUGGAUGCCCAUUGCGAAUGCACGGUUGGAUGGCUAGAACCCUUACUUGAAGCUGUGGCUAAAAAUAGAACAAGAGUCAUAUCUCCAGUUAUUGACAUAAUAAACGACGACACUUUUAGUUACACUCGAUCCUUCGAGCUGCAUUGGGGAGCAUUCAAUUGGGACUUGCAUUUUCGCUGGUUAACAUUGAACGGCAGGCUACUAAAAGAAAGACGAGAGAACAUCGUUGAACCCUUUCGAACCCCAGCGAUGGCUGGUGGCUUAUUCUCCAUGAACAGAGAAUACUUUUUCGAGUUAGGUAGCUACGAUGAACAAAUGAGGAUUUGGGGCGGAGAAAAUUUGGAGUUGUCGUUUAGGGUGUGGCAGUGUGGAGGCAGCGUUGAAAUCGCACCUUGCUCUCACGUGGGGCACCUCUUUCGCAAAUCAUCCCCGUACACUUUCCCCGGCGGAGUCGGUGAAAUUUUGUACGGGAAUCUUGCUCGGGUGGCUCUGGUUUGGAUGGACGAUUGGGCUGAGUUUUAUUUCAAGUUCAAUCCUGAGGCAGCCAGAUUAAGGGACAAGCAGCCAGUUAGAUCAAGAUUGGCUCUGCGCAAGAGCUUACAAUGCAAAAGUUUCGAAUGGUACCUGGACAAUGUGUGGCCAGAACAUUUUUUCCCAAAAGACGAUCGAUUCUUUGGACGGAUCGUACACGUGUCGACGAAGAGAUGCAUUAUGCGGCCAACCGCGAAAGGUACUUACUCGCAGCCUUCCGGUUACGCGGCCCUACAGCCCUGCGUUCCGCGGCCAAUACUUAGUCAGAUGUUCGUGAUAACGAAAAGUGGGGUCGUGAUGACCGACGAGAGUGUGUGCUUGGACGCUCCUGAACACGAUACGCAGCACAAGACACCAAAGGUUAAGAUAAUGGCAUGCAGCGGCAGUGCGAGGCAGAAGUGGCAGUACGACCACCAAACAAAAACAUUCUUGCACGUUCCUUCGGGCAUGUGUUUACAAGCGAGCGAUGACGAAGGUCCUGUGAUAGCCGACUGUACAAAAAGUAUCGAGCAGCAAUGGCUGCUGGAACCUAUUCCAUGGAAAUGACACCAGUAUUCUUUUCCCUGCGAUUCAUCUUAUUGA